CUUCAGUGCCAACAUCGAAUGGAAUUUUCAAGUAAAAAUUUGAUUUUCAAUCAUUUAAAAUCACAUUAGUAAAUAUGUUACAUCAAGCGGUACAAAGUGUAAAUCAAACUGUUAUUUUGGAUAGUUUUUGUUGUAAUCUCAGUAUAUUUUUGUAGUUCAUCAAUUCGUGAUAUUCUAACGGAUUGGAAAGAAAAUCCAGUUACGAUGUGUUUAACUGAAAUACCAGCUCCAAUUUCAGCCAUUCCAUUUCCAACCGUGACUGUAUGUGCAUCGAACAAACUUCAUAAGGCAAAAUUUAAAACAGGUCAACAAUUAAAAAAUAAAAGUCUCAUAUGUGACACGUAUGGAGGAGAAUUGAAUGAAUUUGCAAAUGAAACGGUGUAUGAUUCAAUGCAAGAGAUUGCGCCCGAUGACAUUGUAUCAUUUUGUUGGUGGCGUAUGUUGAAUUUCAAAGGUUCCGAAAUGUUUACACCAAUUUUAACUGAAGAAGGUCUCUGUUUUGCAUUCAAUGCCUUAAGUUCGCAUGAAAUUUAUACAAAAGAAAUGGCCCUGGGAAUGAUGAAUGUAAAGACAAACUCAAAUAUAUCACAUUGGAGCCUUGAAAAUGACGAUGAAAUAAAUAAGAAUGCGUAUCCAAUACGUAUAUUCAAUUUCAGAUCUGAUGCUUCGCUGCGCAUGGAACUUUACCUUGGCGAUAAUGAAUUUUAUUCGUGUAGCUUGAAGGGAAAACCAGCUUUCGCAUAUUUAUUCAUAUGCCGGGCGAAGUGCCUUAAAGCGACCAUGAUUACAAAAUCAGAAGGACUACGCUACUAUUCACCCGAACAAAGACAAUGCUUUUUCAAUUCAGAUCGUCAAUUGCGUUUCUAUAAAAUAUAUACACAAAAUAAUUGUGAAUCAGAGUGUCUGGCCAAUUUUACUCGAACUAUGUGCGGAUGCGUGAAAUUUUCCAUGCCAAGUACAAAUGAUAAGAAUAUUUUUUACAAAUAAAUAUAUUACAAUAUAUUUUAUUUAAUUUUUGGGAGACAAUGAAACAAAAAUCUGCAGCACAGUGAAAAGUGAAUGUUACGAAACUGCAGCAGGGAAUCUGUAUGGUGAAGAUAUCGUUGAUGGUUGGAGGAUAAUGAAGCAAAAUUAUGUCGAAAAAAUUGUAAUUGUUUACCAUCCUGUACAUCGAUUUCGUAUGAAGUAAUUGAUCAUAUCCAGAUAUAGGAUCAAAGUGAUAUUUUGGAGAAAACCUCAUGGGUCACAAUUCACUUCAAAACACACGAAGUGACUACGUAUAAACCAGCCGAAUUGUAUACUUUUUCAAACCUUUUGGCCAUCGGUGGUGGCCUUUAUUUUUGGGAAUUUCAGCGCUCAGUAUCGUGGAAUUCCUUUACUAUUUCACCAUUCGAACCUAUUGGAAUAUUCAACAUUGGAAAUUGAAUCGAGUAAUGCCGCUUAGACGAUCAAUUAUACCAACCAUUUCUCAAGAUAUUUCAAAUGAGUAAAAAUAAAAACCAAAAUGUCUUACAUCCGUAAGAUGAACUUUUCCGCACUUUUCAGAUUCAUAAAUAAUAAAUGGAUGUUGUGUUUAUCUGACGUUAGUUUUGCAAUGCAAAUAGUUUUUGACAGAGUAAUGUGAAUUUUUGCAUGGGAGCCAUGCCUAUAAAAAAUGAAUGUUGGCAUAGGUUAUUUUUAUUCAUCAAAAAAUGAAAUUCUGAAAAAAGGAUUUUUUUUACCAAAAAGGGAAAGACCCCGUUCAUUACUUUUGAUCCGAAUGGAAUCAUAACACCCUUUUAAAUCUUUACACUAAAUACAAUCGAAUUUUAUCGGAAUUCUGUCCGAACUUUUCCGG